UUCUUUCGUUCUUUUCACUUUCCAUUCUUCUCUCGGCUGUCAACAUGAUCAUCUGCAGGUGAAGGAUACUCCAACCUUGCCCAACAUGCACACUAGAGCUGGAAUGGUAUUAAAUCAAGCUCUAAAUCUAGAUCUAGAAGAUAUUGUUUUAUAAAUGUAUCUGACAACGUCGAGGAGUUAUAUAACUUGCAGAUGUGGGCUACGUAAGGCUCAAUCUCAAAAUGCACAGCUUUCCGCAGUGGCAGUUGCUGUCCAGCCUGUGUCUGUGUCAUCAGCAAAAUCAAGUGUAGCUUCGCCGGUGUUGAAACCUGGUCCAAGUCAUCCAAAAGAAGGGGGUGCAGCACAGGUUUCAGUAUAUGGCCCCAGGUGCAGUUCUGCGACAUUUCUGUAUGCAGGACGCGUCUCCUUCACGUCCUCUUGGCCCGCAAAGGCAAAUACUACUGUAAAUGUAAACUUGACUUUGUAUAAAUCCCCUACAAAUACUACUAAUCAUAAGCAUUUUUUUCAUCCAGGCCAAGGAAGCAGGCCUUGGGAUUGUGGUAUUUUUUCAAACUUGUCAAGAUUGCAUACGUCUACAAAUACUCACAUUAUAGCUAAGAGACUGGACGCACCAUCCCUACUGACCAGGUUGACGAAGCCCGCAUCCUCAGUUCAACAAACAAUGUCUGCUUCUUCGAGUAGCACAACUGGCUCGAGUAGCCCAUCAGCCAACUCUAAUAGACUUUCUUUUGAAAAGUCCCCUUAUUUGCUGCAACAUGCUCACAACCCUGUGGACUGGUUUCCAUGGGGUCCAGAAGCAUUUGAGAAGGCUCGUGAAGAGAACAAGCCAAUUUUCCUGUCUGUUGGAUAUUCAACUUGCCAUUGGUGCCAUGUGAUGGAGCGAGAAUCUUUCGAGAAUGCUGAAAUUGGCAAACUAUUGAACGAAAACUUCGUUAACAUUAAAGUUGACAGAGAGGAACGUCCUGAUGUAGAUAAAGUGUACAUGACUUUUGUACAGGCCUCCACUGGAGGAGGCGGCUGGCCUAUGAGUGUCUGGCUGACCCCAGAUCUGAAGCCAAUCGUUGGUGGUACCUAUUUUCCUCCCGAUGACCGUUAUUAUGGGAGACCCGGAUUCAAGACCAUUGUGAAGCUUAUCGCAGAGCAGUGGAAAGAAAAGCGUGCUGAGAUAGAAGGACAGGGGACAAAGAUCCUAGAUGCUCUCAUGAGAGCUUCCCAUGCAUCAGAACACCAGUCAGCCACUGUACCAGCUGUCACCUGCACAGCUAAGCUAUACGAAAUGCUGGACAGCAGCUUUGAUGAGGAGCGAGGGGGAUUUGGCACAGCUCCGAAAUUUCCUCAGCCUGUUAACCUUGGAGCUCUGUUCCGCUUGUUUCAUUCUGAACCUAAUGAUGAAACGGGAGCUCGCGCUCUCCAUAUGUGUCUCCUCACUCUCACUAAAAUGGCCAAUGGAGGCAUACAUGACCACAUCUCUCAGGGUUUUCACCGCUACUCCACGGACAGAACCUGGCAUGUGCCCCAUUUCGAGAAGAUGCUCUAUGAUCAAGGUCAACUAGCGGUGGCAUACUCAGAGGCAUACCAGAUAACUAAAGAUUCUCUUUUUGCUGAUGUGGCAAGGGACAUCUUUGCAUAUGUGAACCGUGAUCUAAGCCACCCAGCUGGUGGCUUUUACAGUGCCGAAGAUGCAGACUCCCUCCCGACGGCCUCAUCGUCAGAGAAGAAGGAGGGUGCUUUUUGUGUGUGGAAGUUUGAGGAACUGCAGCAUCUUCUGUCUGGGAUGGUGGAGAACCAGAGCAUAGUCUCGCUAGCUGACGUGUUCUGUCACUACUACGGCGUACAGGAGGGGGGCAAUGUUGACCCUUUGCAGGACCCACAUGAUGAAUUGAAGAACCAGAAUGUGCUGAUCAUGACUUCCAGUCUUGAAGAUACUGCGGCCAAGUUCAGUCUGUCAGUCCCGGAGGUCAUGGUGGCCUUGAAGAAGUGUCAAGAGAUUUUGUUCCAGGCACGGCAAGAAAGACCUCGACCACAUUUGGAUAACAAAAUGGUUUCAGCCUGGAAUGGUUUGAUGAUUUCUGGCUUUGCCAAGGGAGCCCAAGCACUAAGUGACCCCACGUUAGUGACUCGAGCUGUUGGGGCAGCAAGGUUUCUCAAAGAGAACAUGUUUGUGUCCGAAACAGGGAUUUUGCUCCGCAGUUCAUACACGUCUGAGUCUGACGGUGUCUCCCAGAUAUCCAAACCCAUUGAAGGUUUUGCAGAUGACUAUGCUUUUGUGAUCCGGGGCCUUCUGGAUCUGUAUGAGGCCUGCUAUGAUGAGCAGUGGUUAGAGUGGGCAGAACAGCUUCAGAGAAAACAGAACGAGCUUUUCUGGGAUGAGGAAGAUGGCGCAUAUUUCUCCAGUGCCGAAGGGGACAGCUCAAUUGUGCUGAGGAUGAAAGACGAUCAAGAUGGAGCAGAACCAAGUGCCAACUCAGUGUCGGCAAUGAAUCUGCUUCGUCUGGCUGCCAUGUUGAAUGACAGGGAGCUGCACGGCAAGGCUGAGAGAAUCUUUCGGGUGUUUUCGGAGAGGUUGGAGAAAGUGCCCAUUGCUGUUCCAGAGCUUGCUUCAGCUUUGAUGUUUUAUCAUGCCACCCCGAAACAGAUCGUCGUUGUUGGCGACAAAGAUUCAGAAGACACCCAGAAUCUGCUGAAAGUGGUUCAUUCCAACUUCCUGCCGAACAAGGUACUUUUGCUCUCUAGUGGUCAAGCGGACAGUUUUGUGGGCCAUCAUCUGGAGAUCAUAAGCCAACUGACUAAGGUGGAUGGCCAGGCCACAGCAUAUGUGUGUGAGAACUUUGCCUGCUCCCUUCCCGUGAAUUCUCCCGAGGAACUUGAAAAACAGCUCAGCUCCUGAAGUGUUCUUUUUUCUCUAUUUUUCAGAAAUUGUUAUUUAAGUGACGAAGCAUUUGUGGGAUUGUGCAUGCAUGCGUUAUUGUCGAGGGGGUGGAAGUGAAGAAAGAGAGGUUAAAAGUAAGGAAUUGAAGAGCUGACAGUAAGAAUGAGAGAGAGAGAGAGAGAGAUAUUUGGACAAAUAGAGGACAGGUAAGGAGAUGAAUAGACAAAUGGCUGUUACUGAUUGUGAUUUGAGAAUAGUUUUUAACAAUAGUUCCAAAUAUAGUCUCUAAUAAACAGGAAUCUCAAUAUGUUCAGAGGGUUUUGGUGACUUAUUCUUUUGCAUGUACUUUUACUUUCACACUAAGUGUUCAAAUCGCAGUUCUGAACAAUUCAAACAUUCAUCUUAUCUUUUGUUGAAAUAAUGAUAGAUUAUGUUACUAACACAGGGGUGAUUGCUUUAGUUCAGUUACCUUGUACCACCUCACUCGAGUGCUGAACUCUUUGAGUUUGAGGACAUGCGAUCUGGUCAUUUUAUAAUGAUCACUAACGCACUUUUGGGAGACACUUUUUUAAAAAAGCACGACUUCGUUAUACUUACUAAUUUUUUGGCUCGUAUUAUAAUAUAUGUCUGAAAAUUAAAAAGGCAGGCAAUAAUAGUCAUACCAUGACUUAUGCAAAUUCAUGUUUCUAAUUUAUUAAUGAUGGUUUGAAAAGUGCCUUAACAUUGCCUUUGGUCUGCUACUGAUUGGUCAUAUUAUGUGAAGCGUGCUGACAAAAUAAGUUAACUCUCGGAUUCGAGCCAUAUGGAAAAGGAUACAUCACGCCUAGAGGUGAAGUUUUUAUAAUUUAUAAGUAUGAAAUAAUAAAAGGCAUGUUAUACUUAAAGAAUAUGGCACAAUAAAAAAAAAUUAUAAAUUUGACCUUAGUGUCGAUUUUCAGUCAAUAUCUCCAUUUGUGGAUUGCGAUAAGCAACUCAUUUUGUCAGCACACCUGACACAUUUUGUUUCACAACACGGUGGGAUCAGGCACUUGUCCAUUUUUAGGCAUAUGGAGUUAUUGGUAUAAUCUUAAAGUAGGUUAAAGCCUGUUCAUCUGUGUUGCUUUUAAUGAAGAAAAUGCCCAUUUGUCUUGAAUAGAAGUCAAGAUAUAUUUGUGAUCGAAGAAGGUUUGGGUUGCCAGGAGUCAGAGGUAAAAUCAUAGAGAAUGGCUGCCAAAAUUGAAUGACUUCCAAAGCUUGAGUGUCCUUAGAAAUUUCAAAUUUACAUUUUGUUUGCCUCUAAUCAACAUUUUAAAGUAAAAUCCACACAGGAAUGUGUUUUUUAAUGGACAUAACAGGUCCUGAGCUGAGCUCCCCACCCCCAAAUGGAGAUAAAAAUUGCUCAAUGGGCAGAAAAAAUGCCAGUUUCUUCCGUUUCAUUAUUUUGACCACUGCCUGAUUUCACCUCGAAGUGACGAUGCCACACGUGUCCGUUACGUUGGUAAAGAGUUAAUAUAUGGAUUAGUCACAUGCUGACGGCAUAUUUGUAUUCAUUUGAGAUCUGUUGUAGCCAUAAUAGAGUAUAUCUAUUGUUUGUACAAGUUAAUAAACAGAAUAUCAUUUUCAAAUA